GACAGCCGCUUAUAGCUUAAUCUCUAUUUAAUUUAGCCAUCUGAUCGAUCAGUCUCUGUGCUCCAUAGAAAAUUGUUAGUGAACAAAGUGAGCACACAUAGAAAGCAAGCCAUUCGUGCACAAAUUAAAAUAUUGGCUAAGUUACUUUAAUCCUAACCUUAAUAUCCCAUUAUCUCUAAAAUAUUUGUUAGUCCUUCCAAACCUGUAUCUCAUUGUCUCUGGUGUCUUUAUUGGUAUAAUUCAAUAAGAUUUGUUGUUGAUGCUAUUGAUGACUCCAUGUUCUUCCAAACAAGACAAAAGGUGAGGCAGCCUCAAUUUUAUAAUAGCAAACACAGUGUAAUGUGGCAGUCAUGGAUGAAUGCAGAGGGACACCUCAUACUACAUUAAAAUAACAAAUCAAUGUAUCAUUGUUGGCAAAGAUGUAACAAAUUUAACAUAAUUCAAAACGAGCCCACACCGGCAUCAUCACAUGCUCUGAUGCUCAUCACAUUGUUAUCAAGAGUCCAUGACUCAUCUUGUCUCCUUUUCAUGUGUUACAUAAAUAGUAAAGCAUAGAGCUUCUAGUUUCCAUCACAAAUUUGAGCUUCUUGUGAAAACAACUACAAAACAAAAAAUGGGUAGUUCUUCAAAAACAAAGAGAUCAAUCAGUUUGCCAUGCAGCAGAUCGCAUCCUAGCACAGUUAGGAUUGAGGAGAAGCUGAACAAGAUCAAGACAUGGGAAGCAACGUCUCCGCCAACUGCAAAGGCAAUCCACAAUGGUCUAUCAAGAUUGGAAGACUUGUACAAGUGCAUGGAAGAUCUUCUAAACUUGCCACUUACCCAACAAGCACUCUCUCACGAUCAACAUGAAAAAUGGGUUGGUGACUUGCAAGAAGGAUUUAUAACACUUUUGGAUACUUGUGGCACUGCGAGGGAUGUCACAACACAAAUGAAGGAACAAGUUAGAGAUCUUCAAUCUGCUCUCAGAAGGAGAAAAGGAGAUUCAAGCAUUGAAAUCAGCAUUGCUAAAUACACUUGCUUUAGGAAGAACACCAAGAAGGAUGCCAAGACGUUGAUUGCAAUGAUGAAGCAAAUUGACAACAAAAUUGAGGCCACACCACAACUAGAGCUAGAUCAACACGUCUCAUCAGUGAUUAAAGUGCUAAGAGAAGUUGCUGCAGUGACCAUCUCUAUUCUCCAUUCACUUCUCUUGUUCUUGUCUGUGCCUGUUUUGAAAUCAAUGCCAACAAGGCGGUCACUGGUUUCAAAAUUUCUGCACAAAUGGACAGUGGCAUGCGAAAUUUAUCAACAGGAGAAUGUGAAUGAGUUGGAGAGAGUCGAUGUUACAUUGCACAGCCUACGCAGAAGUGAUUCAAGUGAAGGGGAUAAGAUGCAAAUUGCGCAGAACAGCCUCAAGUCUUUGGAGGCUAGCAUUGAAGAGGUUGAGAAUGUUUUGGAGUGCUUGUUUAGGCGAUUCAUUAAAGCAAGGGUCACUCUUCUAAACAUAGUCUCCCACUAAUCUGAGCUCAAUAGAUGUCCCCCAUAUCCUGCAUAUCCGAGUUUUAGAGGAUAUGUGUGUGGAUUUCAGUUUUGUAUUCGAUAGCUAUC